AUAUGGACAAAAUAUUGGGCCACCUACACAUCACACCUACAGGAGCUUUCAUGACAUCCCGUUCUAAAUCCAUUGGCAUUAAUAUGGAGUUGGUCCCCCCUUUGCAGCUAUAGCAGCUUGCACUCUUCUGGGAACACACGACCUCGAGUGUGAUAUUGCUUUUAUACAACAGAUCCACAAGCGUCUUUUAUUUCAAGUCAAUCAAGUCAAGUCAAUUUUAUUUAUGGAGCCCAUUAUCAUAAAACAUGGUUUGCCUCAGAGCUGGUUUACUCCCAGUGAACGGUGGUUUACCAAAACCUGUCCAUCACAGCUGCUCCCUCCCGGGCUUCCUCAUAACGUUUAGUAGCUCCAAUGCAUGUAGUCAUGUAAGACAAGCUUCAAAAUCCCCGUCCUUUCUCUCUCUUUCUCUUUGUCUCUUUCUUUCUCUUUCUUUCUCUUUCUGUCUCUUUCUCUUUCUGUCUCUCUCUCUCUCUCUCUCCUCCCUCAACCUGACCAACUGACAGCUAUGUGAACAGCGCCAACUAGCUGUUUGAACCUAUGCUUACACCGUACUAUAAACAUAACCCGCUGUUAAAACGUAUCCCACUUUCACUCUAACACUAAUUAGCGGAUUCUUAACGGCCGUGAAGCGGAGUGAUACAUGCAGAGUUCAAAGUUAACAGUCCCAGUGAUGUUGUACUGUUUAUCAGCACUCAUGAGAUGCCUCUCGACCAAUCAAAUUGCUUGGUCAGAACUAACUGUUGUAUAAUUAUAUAUAUCUGUCAGGUCCAGUGAUGUUAAAGGUGUGCCCGACUCUCCGUAGUAGGCGGGGUUAAGCACCUUGAUAGGACAAUCUGCCAGUGGGAGUUUUCUCAUUGUGAAACAUCACAGAAAGGAGGGCAGAGUUAAACUUAGAGUCCACAAAUGAAACGGAAAGUUCAUCAGAGCAGCAAAAGAGCUGAAGUCGACCUGAGUCUUUGUGUUUCUCUCUGAAGAAACAUCCGUUAAGAGAGCACGCCAGGCCUUUCUCCACAACAGGGCAGCUCUCACAAACGCUGUGUGUAGAUAUGGCUGCAGCCAGCUGUGUGCUCUCUGAGGAUCAGUUUCUCUGCGCCAUCUGUCUGGAUGUCUUCACUGAUCCUGUCAGCACACCAUGUGGACACAACUUCUGCAAAAACUGCAUCACUGAAUGCUGGAAUAUCAACGUCCCAGUGCAGUGUCCAAUUUGUAAAGAGAUUUUUACCACAAAGCCUGAGCUGCACGUCAACACUUUCAUCUCUGGGAUGGUCGCUGAGUUCAGACAGUCAGCUCAACAGAAAGCCAGCAGCAGCAGCUCAGAGCAACAAGUGUCCAAACCAGGAGAAGUUCCCUGUGACGUCUGCACUGAAACCAAACUGAAGGCCCUGAAGUCCUGCCUGGUGUGUCUGACCUCCUACUGUGAGACUCACCUGGAGCCUCAUCUGACAGCAUCAGGACUGAAAAGACACCAGCUGAUCGACCCUGUGGAGAACCUGGAAGACAGGAUGUGUACGAAGCACGAUAAACCUCUGGAGCUGUUCUGUAAGACCGAUCAGACAUGUGUCUGCACACUCUGUCCUGUUUUAGACCACAAAACACAUGAAUUUGUUCCUCUGAGAGAAGAAUAUGAAAAAAAGAAGGCAGAGCUGGGAAAUACAGAAGCUGAAAUCCAGCAGAUGAUCCAGAAGAGGCAAAAAAAGAUUCGGAACAUCAAACGGUCAGUCAAGUUCAGCAAGAAAAAUGCAAAGAUGGAGAUUGCAGAUGGUGUUAAGGUCUUCACUUUGCUGAUGGAGUUUGUUAAGAAAAGCAUGAACAAUCUGACUGAUUACAUUGAAGAUAAACAAACAACAAAACAGGAACAGGCCGAAGUUUUCAUCAAAGAGCUGGAACAGGAAAUCUCUGAGCUGAAGAAGAGAAGCUCUGAGGUGGAGCAGCUCUCACGCUCUGAAGACCACCUCCAUCUUCUCCAGAGUGUCCAGUCCCUGAAAGCUGCUCCACCCACCAAGGACUGGACACAGGUCAGCGUCUGUCCAUCAACAUAUGAGGGGACUGUGGAGAGAGCUGUGUCUCAGCUCGUGGAGGUACUCAAGAAUGAUGAGAAAAAGCUGCUUGAAGCUGAGCUAAAGGGGAUCCAGCAGUAUGCAGUGGAUGUGACUCUCGAUCCUGAUACAACACAUCCUGAGCUCAUCCUGUCUGAUGAUGGAAAACAAGUGAAACAUUGUGAUGUGAGGAAGAAUCUCCCAGACAACCCAGAGAGAUUUUCUAGUUGUGUUUCUGUCUUUGGAAAGCAGUGCUUUUCUUUAGGCAGAUGUUACUGUGAGGUUCAAGUGAAAGGAAAGACUAAAUGGACUUUAGGAGUGGCCAAAGAGUCGAUCAACAGGAAAGAGAACAUCCCACUGAGCCCUGAGGAUGGUUACUGGACGAUCUGCUUGAGAAACAAUAAUGAGUACACAGCUCUGGAUGCCCCUGCAGUCCGUCUCCCUCUGAAGUCUCAGCUUGAUAAAGUGGGAAUAUUUGUGGAUUAUCAGGAGGGUCUGGUCUCCUUUUAUGACGUAGAUGCUGCAGCUCUCAUCUACUCCUUUACUGGCUGCUCCUUCACUGAGAAACUCUUCCCAUACUUCAGUCCCUGUCCUAAUGAUGGUGGCAAAAACUCUGCACCUCUGAUCAUCACUCCUGUCAAUCACACAGAGUAGAGCAAUUAUUCGAUUUACAUGAAAGUGAAAAAUGUUAAAUGGGAGAACAUAUUCGUAGGUAAUGCUCAAUGUAUUUUGUUUGUUUUGUUUUUGCUCAAGUUCUUAUUGAUUGGUUAUUAUUUUUUGGUACUGAAUCACUUUUAUCUUCAAUGAAUCCCACUGUUACUCGCUGCUGUUACCUCCAUGCUGAGUAUUUAACCCUUAUUUGCCUCAAAGUGAGCUGAAAUGUAUACAAAAUAUUGAAUGGGUAUUUAGAAUACACUCACGCAUGUGAAGGUGUAGAUCCUGAAAUUAUGGUUCUGGGGAUUGCAUAUUUUACUAAAUGUAGUUGGCAAAUUUUAUAUAUCUUGAAUAACUUCAAUAAUAUGUUUUUAAUUGUACAUCAUGGUGUACCAAUUUCUAAGGGAAAAUUAAAGGGGAAAAAAAGUUAAAGUAUUAAAUCAAAUAGUCAUAGUUAUAGUAUAGUCAAAUCUAAUUGUCUGAUCACUGUACAUCAAAUUUUUUACACUUGUUAUACUUGUUGUAUUUCUUUGUAUCGUUGUCUUUGUAAAGAGAAAUAAAAGCAAAUGUAAAAAUCA